AUGUACCGUAUCCUGGUUUGGGUGCCGGUGUUUGGCCUGGACUUGAAUGGGGCCAGGGCGGCAACCUGGCAUGAGAUGUGCUUUGGCCAGCCCAACCAUGCCAUGCAACCUUGGGAGCAUGCUCGCCUGGUGCUCCUGUGCACCUUUUUUGUGGGAGUCUUCGUCUGGACUGUCCUCCAGCAUUUCCUCACCGUAGCUGUCCUCUCUACCUUGCAACAUCCCGCCAAGUUCAGAUUUCUGCAUUGCCUGUUCUUGUGUGCUUUAACUUUGGGGAAUAUAUUCGAGAGGCUGGGAAUCUGCUCCAGGCCCAGAUUUACCCAGUUAUUGCAUGGUUUUGUGAGAACAAAAAAGGAUGCUAGACUUGUAGUGACUGACCUGUAUUUUGGGACCAUACCUGUGAGGCUGUUCCAAUCCAAGGCAGAGUCCUCCAGCCCCUGGUGAGGCAUCAUCUUCUUCCACGGAGGAGGCGGGUUCAUGGGGAAUUUGGACUUGUACCACAACCUGUGCAAUUUUCUGGCCCUGGAGACUGAUUCUGUGCUGCUGUCGAUUGGGUACCGCAAGCUUCCUGAUCACCAUUACCCCAGCAUUUUCUGAGAUUGCCUGAAUGCCUCCAUUCACUUCCUGAAGGCCUUGGAAACCUACAGGGUGGACCCCUCCCGGGUUGUGAUCUGUGGAGACAGCACUGGGAGAGCGUAUGUGGUCUGUGUCACCCAGGCCCUGGUGGGCAGAUCAGAUAUUUCCCAGAUCCGGGCCCAGGUCCUGAUUUAUCCACUUGUUCAGAUCAUCAUUUUGCAGCUGCCAUCUUACUGGCAGAGCAGAAAUGUCCUCCUGCCCCAGAAGUUCAGGAUGACAUGUAUAUUUAAGUAUAUGGUUAUCGACUUUCACUGGUGGGAAGCCAUCUUGGAUGGUGCCUUAAUGCCCCCAGACUUCUGGAGGAAGUACAAGCAGUGGCUCAGCUCUGACAACAUACCCAGGAGAUUCAGGAAGAUGCGCCACCAACCUGUGUUUCCUGGCCCUUUUAAUGGGGCUGCCUAUCUGGAAAACAAACAUCUUUUGGAUGUAGAAAAUGCCCCUCUGAUAAGAGAUGAUGAGACCAUUGCUCAGCUUCCCAAGGCCUUCCUGGUGAGCUGUGAGCAUGACAUCCUCCGUGAUGACACCUUGCUCUAUAUGAAGCGCUUGGAGGACCAGAGGGUCCCCGUGGUGUGGUAUCAUGUAGAGGAUGGCUUUCAUGGGUCCCUACUGCUUUUUGACAAGGAAAUUUUCUUGUUCCUGUGCUCCCUGAAAAUUGUGAAUGCUAUAGCCAAUUAUAUAAAGAGCAUAUAGCAACCCUGGGGUGCUGAUUAAGGAGAUGCUGAGUCAAUGCUCUGCUCACAUGAGAAGGAUAAGUCAGCUUAGAAUGGUUUUGCUUAGUAUUUCAGAAAAUCCAAAUUGUGAGCAACACUUGCUAACAUUCUCACUCAGGUGAAAUAAAUAUCAAAGGGAGAGACUAAUGCCUUUAAAAACUUCUCAAAGCCCUAACACACAAGGUCUGUGAAGAAUAAAUGCUAACAACUGGGUAUUCUGUCUGUGUGUCUCUAAUCAUGGUGCAUCUAUGCUCAUGAUGCCAACACAGGGCUUGGGGCCAUGGUGCCUGUUGGACGAGGGGGCACCUAAUUGUUCUUGGGAUCAUAGGUCACCAGCCAAAUUCCAACACACCAGUUAUAGAUCAGUCUCCAGCAGGAGAAAUGCUGUUGCAAUGAAACUCUUGCCUCACUUUAGCCAUCCUUGGACACGACUAA